UGAAAGCAUUGAGGCACUGACUGUGUGUGAGGAGUGUGGCAGGAGUGACCAGAGACACGUGAUGCUCCUCUGCACUGCCUGUGACUCAAGGUUCCAUAUAACCUGUCUCAGUCCUCCUUUGGGUACAGUAACAGCUGAAGAUUGGUUCUGCCAAGAAUGUGCCACUGAAGACAGUCACACAAAUGACAGUUUCUCUAGAGAAGAGAGCGAAAUAGCUGAGGCUGAAAUGAUGGAUCUGCUAUCUCAAUUCGUUCCGACGUCCAGUCGUCUCAGACCUUCCACUUCGGCCCAGCGUGCUGCUUCUGUCCCACCUCGCAGAAGCGCGAGAGUGCAACAGCACGGCAGCAGAACACACCUCGCUCUUCCUCACACAGUCCAGCAUGUGCCCAGAUAUCUUUUGAAGUCAAGCCGGACUAAUUCCGAAGACGCCACAACAAGCAGCCUUAUACUAAACACCAAGAAAAGGGGCAGGAAAGACACCUACAAGAACACAAGAAGACGGACAACAGAUAAAUCCGAUCCUGUGUAAGGGUGCUAAACAAUAAUAAUUAAAAAAACAGACUUAAAUGUUUUGCAACCGGCCACAAGAUGGCAGCAAUCUUCUUGCUAAAACGGUAUUUACGCUUGGACUUUGAGAACUGAAAACUCUUUCUAAAAGUUCAAACAUUCAAACAGAGAAAGUUUUGUCAUUGACAGGAUUUGUGAAAUUUAAAUGUGUUAUAACAUUCAAAGUAUAUAGUGUAUUUAGUAUAUUGUGCUAUAAUAUUCAAAGCAGCACCGUAGACACUACAACAAAGCAAAGUUUCUGGUCAUUAAAAAAAAAAAAGUAACAAAUACCAAAUUACCCUGUGGUGUAUUUAUUUACUUACUUAUUCACUCACUCACUGACUAAAGGGUUGUUCUGUUGAUGAAUUAAUGUGUUUUAAACAGUAAAAUUUCACAAGGUCCAAUUUCUCUAUGCUUAUUAUAGACUACUACAAUGUAGGUUUGCUGAAGCAU